AUGGCGUUUGGAAGGGGACUCAUCACUGCAGCGCCCGCGCGUCCUACCGGCCAGAGUCCUUCUCGCCUUCUCGAGGAGCGGAUUACAAGCGAACCUGUUACUUGCGGUUAUCGCAGUGGUGAUCCCGCCCACGCCUGGCUGGCACCCUCGGGCUACAACUGCCGCGUGGACACAUUGAACGGUCUCUGGGGCUUCUGUCCUACCACCGUGAUUGCAGCAACUGACUGCGGGCUGGGUGGAUAUUGCUUCGACACAAACACCUGCACUUCAGGCUCAUUCUUGACGUUUGGGAUCGACCAGACGUACGUUUACCUCCAUUGUGGCCCCGAUGCCGGCACCCAGCACUACAUGGCUUCCCCGACAGCUUCUCCGGCUUCUUUGUCGUCCACUCAUUCGACUUCUCCCUCUCCGAUAACAACCUCAGAAAGCCCAGUCUCGUCAGCGACGCCUUCCUCGAAUGAACCCAAUAAGAAUAGCGACGGUGUCAGCAGUGGGGGAAGCACAAACAACAUGGGCGCGAUUAUAGGUGGGAGUAUUGGGGGGUUUGCACUGCUGUGUGGCUUUGGGAUCGUGGCUAUCUGCCUCCUGAGGAAUAACCGGUCUCGAGGGGUAGACUCUCUCCAGAGACCUAGAACACCUCAAGGUAACAGCUGGUCGCCAUCCAACAUGAUAAAACAGGGCGGUUGGGGUCCUCGGGAGCUCCCAGCACACGUCCCUAGUGAGUUGCCGGUACAUCCCGUAGAGUUGCCUGCUGGGCACGACCGGUAA